UCCUUGACCGACGUCGUCGCAGCUCUGAACGCAACCUUUGGCCAUGCCGAUGCGCCCCAAUCCCUCCCUGAUGACUUGAUACGCAUUCUCACCCAGUACCUUGCCAAAGCGAANAAGGAAGGAGAUGGCCUACAUGACGAACUGCGAGCCGUCUUCCGCCAGCAUGUCGAGGCCCAUGCGAACAAGCUGCCAGCCUUCGUCUCGGUCCUCAAGACCCUGCGCCCCGCCAUAGUCGCCGAGGACCAUCUUGCUGCCUGGUUCCAGAAUGCUGCCAUACCCUUUGUCGAUCUACCCGCUACCAGCCGCUGCGCCAUGUCGGAUGCUCAGGACUUUGUACUCGAUGCGCUUUCCUACGACACUGACAGCCAAGAUGCUCGCGACAAGGCCCGUACUGCUGUCCAUCUCAGUCACAUCCUCCUUGAUGCCCUGAUCGCCCGUACCACCCCUCACCCCGACAAUUCUUCCGUUCAGAACAAGGACCACGCCGCUCGCCAGCUUCAAUCUAUGCUGAUAGCUUUCGCUCGUAAAAAUCCUCGUGACUUCUUUGUCUCGGUUGACAACUUCCUCCUGAAGCCUGACACUCGUCUACAAGCUCUUGAUCUGCUUGCAGCCUUUCUUGAACAACAACAUGCCCAUUUGCACUUGGUCCUCGACACGACUGUGGUCGAGCAUCUUCUCAAAUCUCUCAUGAACGACACAGCUACCGUUGUCGUCUCUGCUGCUCUCAAAUGUCUCAUUAUGUUGCUCCCACAUAUUCCCGCUACUGUGGCUUCUCAGCUUCCGAGGUUGUUCUUGGUCUACAGUCGCUGCCUCUGUUGGGAAAAGUUCAGUGCUUCGAGUACCAAAGCUCAGCGUGAUCUUGUUACCGAUGAUCGCGUUCGCCGUGCUUCUGAUUCUGACGCUGACACUGACCAUGAGGACGACUUUGAUCCUACCUGGCAAACUCUGCGCGCUUUGCCCGAUAUGCCUGAGUCUUCGGCUCCUGAGCUCUUGCAUUAUUUCACCUACCUAUACGGCUUGUAUCCCCUCAAUUUUAUGAGUUAUGUCAGAAAGCCUCGAAAAUAUCUCAAGAACAUCGAUUUCCCUGGUGCUGACGAGUUCGAUCUGGAUCAAACCAUAAUCAGAAGCCGCACUGAGCAAUUCCAGCGUGUUCACUUCCUCCAUCCAAGUUUUUUCCUUACAACCGUAGAAGAGGAGCUGAGCGAGAAUCGUUGGCUAAAGGCGGAACCUUCAGAAGUCAUCGCCGAGUGCCAUGGUCUUUACGCCGGCGAGCACCCAAUGUUUAAGAGUCCCGCUCCUCCUCCAACUACAAAGCUACCAGCAGUGCCCAACUUCUUAGCCCCCAGCUCGGAGCCUUCGCACCAAGACAGCCCAACCCUACCUCGCCGUCCUCCAGAAAGUCCAGUGGAACCUGUGAUUGAUUCAACAUCUUCCAAGGAUCUCUCGUAUCUUCAGCGUGAGCUGAUGUUGCUACGUAACGAGCUUACCUUCGAGCGUUAUCUUAAGCAACAGCACGUGGCUGCCAUUGGUCAGCUUAAACGCAACCACAUAAAAGCAGUGACCGUCGAGGCCGAGACGGCCACUCUGAUUAACGCAAAUCGGGCUUUGCAGAAAAAGCUAAGCGACUCAAACAAAUUCAACGAAAAGAUGCAAAAGGAAACGCAGGCUCGCAGGACCCAUACAAAGCAAAGUGAAGAGCAGCUCAUGGCCAAGAUUCGUACCCUCAAGUCAGAGCUUGCGGACCAGGAGACCCUGCAACUCCGCCUCACUCAGGCCUCUAAAGAUUGCGAUCAACUUCGUCUGCUUCUGGUCGAGAGCGAAUCACGCGAAUCGAAUAAGCAGGAAGAACUGGAAACUCUUCAGACGCGCUUGAAAGAUCAAGAAACAGCGGACCAGCAACAUUCAGAAUUGCANAAGGAGCUUCAAAAUUAUCGUGAUCAAAAUCUUGCACUCGAAUCGCUCCGUGCAGAGCACGAGUUAGCUAAACAAGAGCUCGACAGCACAAAAUUCAUAUUGCAGCGUCGCGAGCAAGAGCUUGAGAGGCUCAAAACCGCACAUGAGGCCAAGGUAAAGGAGUUCGACCUACGACUCAAAGAAGCUAUGGAGAAUUCGUCAUCUGCAGAACAACCUAUUCACGCCGUCCCUGUGCAUUUGCAUGACCAACUCUCGGAAAGUCGACUGCGGCUUGCUCAAUCUAAAGCGGCUUACAGUCAGUUGCUGGAAGAAUACACAAAUUUGCGCGAGUCAAGAGGUAGCGCGAAUGGAGCUCAUCCUCUACCUAUUCAUUCUGAUGAGGCCGGCUAUAUGACUCAAGAAGGCAGUGUCAGGAGCUACAGUUCCGCUAGCUCACGACCAGCAUACUACACUGACCGUGGCAUGGACCAGUUCGAGUUGUUUGCUCCGCACAUGGACUUCGGACGGACUGCCUCACCAGUUUCUUCACUGAAUCAAAGCUAUCCCCCAGCGCGUCCCUUGCGCCCCGAAGCGUAUCAACAAAGAAUUCAGAACUCCCACCCCAUGUCUCGAGCGCAAGGCAAUCAUCAUAUCGAGCAUGCUCUCCACCAUUCGGCUGCACACGGCGCGGCUCGAUCAACAGUCGGAUCUGAUCAGAGCUCACCACCUCCUUCAUCUUUGGGACAAGAAGGUAACAGGAGUGUUUUCAGUUUCAACUCGGAUGCAUCGGGAGAACCUGUACAGGAGGGUGGUAAGCCCAAACCAGAGGUUCGCAUGUAUGGACGUGGUGGUGCACAAAACAACAAGAAGAAGGACAAGGCCGACAAGUCCGAAAAGCCAAUCAAGAGUAAUGGUAUUCGAGGGUUACGCGGCCUAAUGUAG